AUGGGCCACGCCGGACCCGGCGGUGGACCCCGGCCUGGCGCCCCGGCAGUCGCCGCGCGCCAGCUGCGCGCGCUCGUAGUGCAGGACAGCCUGCCGGCCUUCUUCGGCCCGCUCGACCGCGCCCUGCUCGUCGCGGGCGCGUACGCGUCGUACGUGGUGCCCGGCGUCGUCAUCGCGGCCGCGAGGUGGCGCAUGAAGGCCCUCGUGGGCGAUUUUGUGGGCCGUGUGGAUAACGUCAAGGCCGGCGGCAAUGUCAAUCUGCUUGGUGAAGCCGUGUUGGGGGAGCGCGAGGCGCAAAGGAGAAGGGCAGAGGCAAUUGAGUUGCUGGCGGGGAAGAACGUGGAGUAUGUGUCUGUCAAGGUUUCUGGUGUUACGUCGCAGCUCAAUCGAUGGGACUUUGAGGGUAGCCUGGAGAGGGUGUUGGCGUCGCUGAGGCCGCUGUUUGAGCGCGCGGUCCACGCGAAUCCAAAGGUCUUGGUCAACUUGGAUAUGGAGGAGUACCAUGAUCUGGAGAUUACUCUGACCGCGUUUAUGAGGUUGCUGGAGGAGGAAAGGUUUCAGGACUUAGACGCGGGUAUCGUUUUGCAAACCUAUCUCCCAGACGCCCUGCCGGCGCUCAAGGAGCUUGUGCACUGGGCGGAGCGGAGGCCCGGGCGCGGCCAGAUUAAGAUCAGGUUGGUAAAGGGCGCCAACUUGAUGAUGGAGCGCGUGGACGCCGCGAUACACGGCUGGCAGCAGGCCCCGUAUUUGACAAAGGAGGAGACGGACGCCAAUUAUCUACGCUGUCUCGAAUGGGCACUGACACCGGAACGUCUGGACAGGGUCAGGAUUGGCGUCGCUAGUCACAACUUGUUCUUGCUGGCGUACGCCCACGUGCUCGCCGAGGAGAGAGGUGUGACCGGGCGCGUGGGGUUUGAGAUGCUGCAAGGGAUGACGCCGGCGCAUACGCCGCGCAUUGCGGAUAAGGGGCACGGCAUGCUGCUCUAUACGCCCGUGUGUCGGGAGAAGGACUUCGAUGUGGCUAUAUCGUAUCUGUUUCGAAGGUUUGAGGAAGCGUCAUCGGAAGGCAACUUUCUACGGUCGCUGCCAACGCUCACGGCCGGCUCGCCACAGUUUGAGAUGGAGAGGGAGCGCUUUGAAAGGGCGGCAGAGAGGGAAGAUGUCUCUGUCGGCCCGAGGCGGAGACAGCUUCGUCCAUCCCCGGCUUCUGCUUCGACGAUGAAAGGCCUUGCCAAUUCCGCAACAUUCAUCAAUGAACCAGACACGGAUCCUUGCUUGCCCCAGAACCGUACAUGGGCCAUGAAUGUCGUGGACCAGAAACACUUCAAGCCCGUGUCUGAGGAAAGUCUUGUUGAGUCUGUUGAAGCUCUUGACUCGAUCUUGAAACAGGCACGCGCCGGAAUGAAACACUGGAGCCAGGGAAAGACGGCAGCCGAACGACGCGCAAUUUUGACAAACGUAGCAGACGUCCUCGCGCGCCGACGCGGGGAUUUGAUUAACGCAAUGGUAUUUGACGGCUCGAAAACGUUUGCGGAGGCAGAUGCGGAGGUCAGUGAGGCCAUUGACUUUGCCAAUUACUAUGGAAUGAAGGGUGAGGAGCUUCCCUCAGGCUUUGAGCCAUUCGGCGUGGUCGCAGUGUUGGCGCCGUGGAACUUUCCAGUCGCCAUUUCAUGCGGCGGAAUCCUUUCAUCAAUAGCUGCUGGAAAUGCCGUGGUUUAUAAACCGUCACAUGCUACGCCGCGAUGUGGGGAAAUUGUUGCAGAGUGCAUCUGGGAAGCCGGUGUACCCAGAGAUGCAUUCCAUCUUGUCCGCUGCUCAGAGAGAGAUGUUGGAAAGCAAUUGGUCACGCAAUCCGAUGCCGUGAUCUUAACAGGUGCAUCUGAGACAGCAAGACUUUUUCGGUCCUGGAAGCAUGACAUCCGCCUGUAUGCAGAGACCUCUGGCAAAAACUCUUUAGUUAUUUCUCCCGCUGCUGAUAUAGAUCUCGCGGUGGCCGACCUGGUCCAGUCUGCGUUCUCCAAUACCGGACAAAAAUGUUCGGCGAGUAGUCUGGCCAUUUGCAUCGGGGACGUUUACCAUUCAGAACGAUUUCGGCGCCAGUUAACUGAUGCUGUGAACAGCAUCAAGGUCGGGGAUGCCUCAUCAAUUUCUACAGUAAUGGGGCCUCUUAUCAUGCCCCCAGAGGGAAAGUUGUCCCGCGCGUUGACAACAACGGAACCUGGCGAAGAGUGGCUCGCAGAGCCAAAAUGCUUGGACGCGCACAAAGACUGCCGCUUAUGGACACCAGGCGUUCGAGUUGGGGUGCAACCAGGUUCAUGGUUUCACCAGACUGAAGUAUUUGGUCCGGUACUGGGAAUCGCACAGGCCAAGGAUCUAGACAAUGCCCUUGAAAUUCAAAACGGCACGGAUUAUGGCCUCACUGGUGGUUUUCACAGCCUGGACUUACGAGAGAUCGACCACUGGAUUGACAACGUUGAAGUUGGAAACGCGUACGUCAACCGAGGCACGACUGGGGCUAUCGUCCGCCGCCAAUGCUUUGGCGGUUGGAAAGCAUCGGUGGUCGGACCUGGAGCAAAGGCUGGAGGUCCCAACUAUGUGAUGCAAUUCGGCCUCAAGACGGACAAAGUCAAGAGAGACAAGAAAUGGUUGGCUCAUGCCCUUCAGAGUGACGUUGAAGCAUGGGAAUCUCAUUUUUCUAAGGACCACGACCCUUCACAGCUAGUUUAUGAGACAAACGUUUUCCGCUAUCGGCCCCUUGAGCGGCUUGCCGUUCGAAUAAGUGCUGGGGCCGACAAGUUUGAAGUGCAGCGUGUUAAGGCUGCUAUUAAAAGAUGCGGUGUGGCUCAUGUGACUUGGUCGGACGCAGCAGAAGAAGACGCAUCGUGUUUUGCUGACAAGUUGGCAGGACUCGAAGUAAGCCGACUUCGAAUCAUCGGCAAUAUAGAGGACGAGGUACGUGGUGGUGCUACUAUGGCAGGCAUUCACGUUGCCGACGACGAGGUUGUUUCUAGUGGCCGAGUGGAAUUACAACACUAUCUUCGUGAACAGUCUGUCAGCUAUACUCGCCAUCGGUUCGGCAACUUGGUAACGGAAUGAUGACAUAGUUUUGACGUGGCGUUGCGGAUCAAAAGAGCGAUCGACCUCUCGGAGCACAUACAUAUGACACUCGCGCACGCACCUUAACCCAGUGUGUACACGGGACACUACUGUACACGGCAUUCUUUGGAUGUACCCGUCUCACGCGUACGGAAUACCAUCUUUGAACGUGAAGAUUUUGCACAUGCACCGGCUUGCGCGGCGCAAAGGCUCGUACAUCCCUGUGCCUCGCAAGGGGAGCCGAUAUUUUACAUCAAUUGUGUCCUGGACAAUGGUGCGGACUUAUUUCCCGAAUAAAUCAUCCGAUGGUAACUCCCCCAGUGUGACAACUCUUGUCAUGAAUCGUUACUACCCUAUACAGAGACGCUCUACCCAUGCGUUGUGCGGCGGAUGCUCCAACACACGCUGGGACAGAGAGACGUAUGCGCUCCUCACGAUGAAGCCGUAACUGUUUGGCAGUUUGUUUCACAGUCGAUUAAAAUAGUGUACUGCGGUUCUUCGAAAGUUUGACUGUGAACCAUCUCCGAAUAAUAAGGAGCUGAAAUUCACGGUCAUGUGUGAAAGAUUUUGUCAUAAUGUCUUGCGAUUGAAUGUGUAGAUGUAGAAAUGGGGUUACAAAAAUGUUUUCUCUCCGUAUACAAGCUUCUGCUUGAAGGAACACAGAA